UGGUGGACGCGGGCCACGCCCGCUCGCUCCUCCUUCCAGCGCGCUUCUCUGCUCUGCUUCUUUCUUUGUGCUCACCCUCCUCCGCCGCCCUAGCACGGCGCCGCACUCCGCCUGCUCGCCAGCUCCAACCAGCGCUUCAACCUCGACCGGCGGCCAGCAUAGCUCCGCGCGGCGCCGCUCGGCCGUUCCCUGGAGAACGGAACUCAUUAGUAACCGGAGCAAAAAUCAAUCCCUUCCUCUUCCUCCAGCCGGCAGCGACCCAGCCGUGGCCGGCGGCCAAGUGGGCAGCGGGGCUGGGCUAGUAGGCAGAGACGGUCGAUCAUCAAGCACCGGAAGCGGCGGCGUGCGUGUGAUUCAGCGUUCUCCCUGCUGUGAUGCGAUGACUGCUCUGAGGGAUUAGUCUGCACAAUAUUAUGCUUUUCAACUUGCCAAGAGUCACAACACCAAUUGCUGUACGGUGGUUCAUCUCAGUUGCAAAUGCAGCAGGCUUUGGUCGAGAUGUUUCUCCUGUUCAUUUCGCCGCCCUGUUAAAGGAAUGCAGGUCGGUGAAUGCAGUCCAUCAAGUUCACCAGCAGCUCAUUUCUUCGGGUCUUCUUUCUUAUCCAGCGUCGUUGUUGGAAGUAUCAUUUCCACCUUUGCCAUCUCAGCCGUAUUUAUCACCAAGAUCUUUGGGUACUGGUGUCGUAGCUGCUUAUCUUGCGUGUGGUUCCAAAGAUGAGGCUCUCACAGCAUUGGAGCAUGUUGUGCCGUCUCCAGCUGUCUGGUGGAAUCUACUCAUCCGAGAACACAUCAAAGAGGGCCACCUUGAACAUGCCAUUGCAGUAUCUUGCCGGAUGCUGCGUGCUGGAACCAGACCGGACCAUUUUACUCUGCCGCAUAUACUAAAGGCCUGUGGAGAGCUACCCUCGUACCGUUGUGGUAUCACACUCCAUGGACUUAUAUGCUGCAAUGGUUUUGAGUCAAACGUCUUUGUAUGCAAUGCAUUGGUGGCGAUGUAUGCCCGCUGUGGUUCACUGAAGGAAGCCAGCCAGGUUUUCCAGGAAAUAGCUCAGAGGGGAAUUGAUGAUGUCAUAUCAUGGAAUUCAAUUGUUGCAGCCCAUGUUAAACAUAAUAGUCCAUGGACUGCGUUGGAUAUGUUCUCGAAAAUGUCAAUGAUUGUCCAUGAGAAGGCUACAAAUGAUAGGUCUAACAUCAUUAGCAUUGUCAACAUUCUUCCUGCAUGUGCUUCUCUGAAGGCACUACCCCGAACUAGAGAAAUUCAUGGAAAUGCCAUUCGGCAUGGUACAUUUCCAGAUGUUUUUGUAGGCAAUGCUCUGGUUGGUACUUAUGCAAAAUGUGGUUCAAUGAAGGAUGCGGUAAAGGUUUUCAAUAUGAUGGAAAUAAAAGAUGUUGUUUCUUGGAAUGCAAUCGUGACUGGCUACUCCCAAAGUGGCAACUUUGAGGCAGCCUUUGAGAUUUUUAAGAAUAUGCGCAAGGAAAACAUCUCAGCAGAUGUAGUGACCUGGACUGCUGUAAUUGCUGGGUAUGCUCAGAGAGGAUGUGGCCAAGAGGCACUCAAUGUUUUCCGACAAAUGCUCUUUUCUGGUUCAGAGCCAAAUUCUAUCACAAUCAUCUCUGUGCUGUCUGCUUGUGCUUCCUUGGGAGCAUAUUCUCAGGGUAUGGAAACUCAUGCCUACUCUCUGAAGAAUCGUCUUCUAUCUUUGGAUAACCAUUUUGGUGGUACUGGCGAUGAGGAGGAUCUCAUGGUGCACAAUGCUUUAAUAGAUAUGUACUCAAAGUGCAGAAUCUUCAAAGCUGCACGUUCUAUAUUUGACUCUAUACCCCGAAAGGAACGUAAUGUGGUGACUUGGACUGUGAUGAUAGGUGGGUAUGCACAAUAUGGGGACUCUAAUGAUGCCCUCGAGCUUUUCUCACAGAUGCUCUCGAAACCACACGCAGUUGCCCCGAAUGCAUUUACGGUUUCCUGCAUUCUGAUGGCCUGUGCACAUCUGUCAGCCCUGCGUGUUGGUAAGCAAAUCCAUGCUUAUGUGGUUCGUCAACAUCAAUAUGAAGCAUCUACAUACUUUGUGGCAAACUGUCUUAUUGACAUGUACUCAAAGUGUGGUGAUGUCGAUACAGCUAGGUAUGUAUUUGAUGGCAUGUCACAAAGGAAUGACAUUUCAUGGACAUCAAUGAUGGCAGGAUAUGGGAUGCAUGGUCGUGGCAAUGAGGCCCUGGAAAUAUUUGACAAGAUGCAAAUGGCAGGCUUUGUUCCUGAUGAUAUAUCAUUCCUGGUUGUUCUAUAUGCUUGCAGCCAUUCUAGAAUGAUUGAUCGAGGCCUGGAUUACUUUGACAGCAUGAGCAGAGAUUACGGUGUGGCUGCCGGUGCAGAGCAUUAUGCUUGUGUCAUUGACUUGCUGGCCCGCUCCGGGCAGAUAGAUAGGGCAUGGAAUAUGGUCAAAGACAUGCCAAUGGAGCCUACUGCAGUAGUCUGGGUUGCAUUGCUUAGUGCGUGUAGAGUACAUUCAAAUGUAGAACUUGCUGAAUAUGCUCUUAACAAGCUAGUUGAGAUGAAUGCAGAGAAUGAUGGAUCUUACACGCUCAUCUCCAACAUAUAUGCUAAUGCAAGGCGUUGGAAGGAUGUAGCCAGAAUCAGAAACCUGAUGAAGAACUCCGGGAUUAAGAAGAGGCCCGGUUGUAGUUGGGUCCAGGGUAAGAAAGGAACUGCGUCUUUCUUCGUUGGAGAUCGAUCGCAUUCUCUAUCCCCUCAGAUUUAUGCCCUUCUGCAGAGACUGAUUGAUCGCAUCAAAUCUAUGGGUUAUGUCCCUGAGACAAAUUUUGCACUCCACGAUGUCGAUGAUGAGGAGAAAAAUAACCUGCUUGCUGAGCACAGCGAGAAGCUUGCUCUCGCAUAUGGCCUCCUCACAACUUCCCCUGGUUGUCCAAUAAGGAUCACAAAGAACCUGCGCGUUUGCGGUGAUUGCCACAGUGCUUUCACCUACAUCUCAAAGAUUGUUGACCAUGAGAUCAUUGUGCGGGACUCCAGUCGCUUCCAUCAUUUUAAGAAUGGUGUGUGCUCUUGUGGUGACUAUUGGUGAUGGCUUCUGAGGCUGAAGCAUAAACUGAAAGUGCAUUCCAAUUGGUUUUUGUACACUGAAUGCACUCUUAAGAGAACUGAUUAACCGCUGAAGAGCUGAAUAGUUUCUCCUCGCCGUUGCUAUUUUCUUUACUAAUAUUUCACAGUUCACUUAAGAGGUAUCACCUGCAGAGUGUUGAUAUUUUCUCACAUCUUCAUUUGUUAUGCUGAUUUCAUUAGAAAAAAGUACAAUUGAAAUCUAUACUUUUCUUGAAAAA